AAUGACUGUGUGCGACUUAUUCUUUGACCAUGCUUCUCCUUCAAUUUCACCCCCGCGCGACAAUGUGGUGACUCCCCCUAUUCGAUUCCCGAGCUCCAGAAGUAACGUCUGUUGUCCACAGAACGUGACUCAAGACAUCCCGCUGUCCGGAAAUUUUGCAGGGAGCUGUAUGAGAAUUUCCUACACUAACGUUGCUGUUUUGCCAAUCCUAGCUUGUGUCCACUCGAUUUGUAGUUGUUCAUACUCGUCUGGCCCUGCAUACUCGCUGGCAGGACGGGAAAAGGAGGACAGUCCUUCAAGAAUCUGUUGAAACGCUGAGAAACGAUUCUGACGGUCGGCUCCGUUUGCAGUAGGACACAGAACUCUCAUUCGUGUGCCACCUGAUUCUGGGGAGAGCGAAGCCACGCCUUAGGGGAUGAAACCGGAUGGGGUUGCCAUGGCUACCAUGGAGCCCACAGAAGCACUAGGAGGCGAGCCCUCCCAGCCGGUAACGUCCGUUGUGGUGAUGGAGGAGGAGGAGGAGGUGGUGCCGCCAGAAGGCUCCCCCCCAACGCAACCUGAGGAGCAGGCCCAAGGCGCCACAGCGCCCCCCGCCCCCCAGGAGGGCAAUGACAAGGCAGCAGAGACCAAAGACAAACCCAAAGGUACAACCAAGGCCCGGCCUGGCACGGGUGGCACCGCCGGCACCAAGCUCACGAGCCAGACGAGACCCAGCUCUCGCCCGGGCACCGCUCCGGGCCGUGUGAUGAACGGAGUCAAGCCCUCAACCAACGACCUGACCAAGAAAACCGCACCGGACAAGAAGAGAACUACAACUACCACAAGUACUGGAGCGGCAUCGGCCGCCGCAGCUAAAAAGCCAGUGGGCGGAGCCACAGCUGCUGCUUCUUCUGUCAGGACCCAGACCAAGGUGACUGACAAGAAGCAUGUGGGAGUGCCCCGGACCAACUCUGCUGCUACCACAGCAACCAACGGUACCAAGACAACCACAGGGAAUGGUACUCUAAGCAAGAGACCAACGACUGGACCAGUUAAUGGGACCAGACCUAAAACUACAGCUCCCAGGCCGACAUCUGCCCCGAAGCCCAGCACUUCCGUAGCCAAACCAGACAGGAUGACGGUUCCCAAGGCAACCAGACCUGCCACCCAGCCACCAACGUCUCGCCCGGGCGUCUCCACGGCCACAUCCAAGCCACCCGGCACCUCCACCACGGCCAGGCCUCCUGCCCAUAGACUAGGCGCCACAGCUCCCCCUGCUGUCAGGACUACAGUAGCACCGUCCUCCAAACCCACCACUGCUAAGAAAGAUGUUACCAAACCACCGGCUAAAAAGCCUGUGGCGGCGGCCACUAACAAAACUACCAAGCCAGAUGCCCCUAAACCGACCGCUGCCCCCAGAUCCGACCCAGUCUCCAAGCACCCCCCUCCCUCCAAGACUGCCGACCUGAAAACAGCCAGGCCCCAAGCCACACGGAAAGCACCCCCUACCGCCCGGCCGCCUGCCACCCGACAGCCCCUGGGCCGGACCCCACCUGCCUCUCCCAUUACCAAGCCGGCCGCCGGCGGCACCGCUCAGUCGAUCAAACGCACCUCCAAGCCCACCCAGUCUGUUGUGCCGUUCUCGAUCACCAAGAAGCCUCAUGGCGCGACGGUGGCCGUGACGGCGGCCGUGACAGCGGCCGUUGUGGCCGUUGUCUCUGCAACUUCCACGGAGCCCGAGGUGGCAGCACAGGCAGAAGCGGAGGAAGUAUCACCGGAGGUCCCAUCAGCCCUUGUCCCAGCUCUGAUCACCGUGUCUCCUCCCUCUCCUUCCCCCGUGGAGGUUACUCCACCCGGGUACCACGACACCCCAACAGUAGAUCUUACCUCCCCUCCACUCAGCCCCGUCAUGUCAACAGCCAGUCUGCAGCAGGACCCGAUACUUGCUGCUGUCCCCCUCAGUCCAGAACAGGAACCAAGGCCUUUCCUAGCAGAAGCUACCCCAGCUGUGGCCUCACUUGUAGAGUCAACACAGUCAGAGGAGCCUGCACUGCUAAUGCCCGAGGUGUCGGAAACGUCCUCGCCGGUAGCUCUCGAGGCUUCUGCCCCUCAAGGGGACGUUAUUUUCAAAGCGGAGGCCAACCUCAAUGAGGAUGAGGAGGAAGAUGAUGAAGAGGAGAGGGAGGGCAGCCAGCAGGUGUCCGUGUCAGACAUGAGCGGUACCCAGCCCACGGAGGAGUCCCGGCCCGGCUCGGCAGGGCCCGCCGGAGGGUCGGCGUGGCGAGGGGGCGGCGCUCUCCUGUCGGAGCUCGACUCCGAGGAAGUGAGCUGCAGCCAACAGGGGGCGUCCGAGCUGAGCGCUCCGGGGGUCUUGGAGGGCACGGAGAGCAUGGACGACCUGGGAGAUGCCAGCCUGAAGGGGGCCAUCGUGGACAUGGAAGGGGCGUCUGCUGGCUCCCCCGACUUCGAGAAGGUGCCGGACAUCCCGGCGAACGAUUUUGAGGAGGACGAGGAGGAAGACGAGGACGAUGACGAUCGAGUGUGUGACAUGGAGGUCGGGUCGGAGCGAGCGGAGGACCCGAGGAGGGUGAGGCAUGAAGAGGAGGAAGAGGAGGAUGAAGAUGUGGAGAUGGCCAGCGAGGGCGUGACUGAGAGCGGGCUGGAAAGCUACGGGAACGCUGACGAAGACGACUUUGCUGAAGAUGAGCGGUUGGACAACCUCAAUCGUGCUGCCCUGCUUCACCCUGCCCCCCUGCUGCCCUCAGCCGCGCAAUGGGACCAACCAAACAACCCCUGGGCCCAGCCAUUCCAGCCAGCCCAGAAUGCCUCAGCACCUCUGUUAGCCCCCGCCAGCCCUUCAGUAGACGCCUGGCAGGCGGACUCUGAAACCCCAACCCAGUCUCCCGCCCAAGCCUGGCUAGAGCUGGGCUCAGCCCCCUUUGUUCCCCAAGAACCGGCUCUCCACAUGCCUUCAGCUAGCUUGCCGAAACUUAGUCCUGCUCAAGGCCUGGAUGAGGAGCACCAGCCUGGCCUGGGCCCCAUGCAGACCCUGGCCCCCGCACCCAUCUCUGGCCCGGGCAUGUCCCAGUCCAGCACCUUGAGCAGUGCCGACCUGGCUACCCAUAGCAGCAGUGAGACCAGCACACCGGAGGAGCUGCGAAACUACAACAAGGAGGGUAAGCUCCACGGUGGGCAGGCCCCUGCUCCGGUGCUGUCCCUCCAGCCUGACCCAGAGGACCAGGACUUGGGCAUCCACCUGGAGCAAGGUGAUGGGGAGGAAGAGGAGGCAGAGACCCUUCCCGCAGACGAGGUGCUGGGCGGUCCUGCCACGGCCCCCACCUCCAACCCCUCGUCCUCAUCCACCAGCGAGGACGAAGCCAGCGACACGGAAGGCGAGGCCCAGCUGGAUGAGCCCCUGGAGGACGGCGGGAUCGUCAACGCGGCGUUCGAAGCCAAGCCCGCCGCCGCCGCCCAGCGCUGCCUGUCUGCUUUGGAGGAAGGCGAAGAAGCCAUCGGCGAGGAGUGGGGCGGCGACACGCCGCAUUCAGCCAACUCGGCUGCAUCUUACGGCUUCGACAUGACGACCACGGCUUCCAGCUCCAACGCCCACUCCGCGGGGGAGGGCUGCCCCAAGAGCCCGGGCAUCUUCUCCCUGGAGGAGCUGCCGGAGGAAGACAAGGCUCCAUCCCUCAUCGGGGAGCCGACCUCCCCACGGCAGCCCUCCUCGGGUGAGCCACCCGUAGACCUCCUGCCUCUGGGAGGAGACGGGGGUGGUUCUCACCCCGAUGAGCAUCUCUAUAUGCUGUGUGGGAGGCAGGGAGCGGAGCUGGGGGAGUUUGGGGACCUGGGGGGGCCCCUGGACCCCUCCCUGUCUCUGGGCUCUCGGCACCCAGAGCCUGGGUCUGAUGCUCAGCCGCCCUACUACUCUGCCAUCUGUGAAAAGACUGAGAACUCUCUGGAAGGUAACGUAUAGUGACCCCCCUCCCCCUCCCCCAGCCCGUUUCCUUACUUCCUUACACCAGAUAAUGCGCCUUUACCACUCCCACCCCACCAAAUCCUUUCUUUGCUGUGGUUCUUGUCAUUGUUUGUCCAAUAUCUCUUUGAUUGGGGUGGAUAACAUGUUCAAAGGUUAAAAGAAGAGAGCAAAACAUUUUUUAAUAAAACAAAGGGAAGAAAGAAAAGACUUACUACAGCAGUGCCACUUCCCUCUGCGAUAUAUACCCAUUUACCAUUAUGAAUAUAUGGCUUAAACUCCUGUAUGUGCAAUAGCUACUACUAUCAAUUAUUGUAGAAUGUUUGUGUUCAUUUAGUUUUUUUUUUUUAAUUAACACUGCAUAUCCAAUCACCCUCAACUGGCAUGAAUUGACUGGUCUGUUUACGAAGAAGCAAAAAAAAAUAGAAACUUAACAAAAGAAAAUGUUGAAUGGACUGUAACUUUGUGUAUUUAUCCAAACACUUUUUACUGAACAAAAUGCAAAUGAAUUUUGAUUGUAAUUCUCGUUUUUUCUUUUGUUUACCACUCUUGAGAUACAUCAUUCUUUCCCCCUCCAGAACAAUCCCCCUUUAUUCUUGCACUUUUGAGGCUAGAUUUACCCCUUCCUCCUAUGUUUGUCCUUAUUUUGAAUUAUUUACAAUUUCAGCUUUAAAUAAAGAUUAGAUAUUUACCAUGA